AUGGUCCUCCUCCCUGCUCGCAACGCCACGGCCGUCUCGAUCGAAAAAGGCCAGUACCUUAAAAUCAUCAACACCCACGGCAAGCAGGUAGUUGAUUUCUGGGCCUUCAACCCCCAGGAUAGCCAUGAUUAUCUCUCCACGGUCCACACUAGAACCGUGCUCCUCAGCAUUGCUCUCCGCGAGGGAGACGCCCUCUACAGCACUCGACGCAAGCCCAUCUUGACGCUCGCCCGAGACACGACGCGCGGCGUGCACGACUUGAUCUGGUCAGCCUGCGAUGAGGAGCGCUAUCGCAUGCUAGGUGCCGUCGGCUACCAUGACAACUGCGCCGACAAUAUGCACAAGGCGCUAAAGGCCUUUCCCGAUGUCAAGAUCGCCGACGACUGGAUCCCCGAUCCUCUGAACCUGUUUAUGAACGUUGCCGUCGAUCAUCACGGCGGGCUUGACGUCCGGCCCCCGACCAGCGAGAAGGGACAGUAUGUUGUGCUGAGAGCCGAGACAGACCUUGUCAUCGUCAUGACCUCAUGCCCCCAGGACAUGGCACCCGUCAACGAUGGGGAGCCGGCCGACUGCGAGUUCGCCAUCUUCCAGGACCAAGAUUGUACAGAGGAAACAACUGCCACCACCGCGGGGGCCAUCGAGCGCCCGCUGAGCACUCAUCGCCCCAAGCGCGUCAAGGUUGCUCUCUCAUUCGAUUUUGACGCCGUGUCCCACUGGCUCGGAACCGGCUGCCACCCGGACAACAACAUGGCCGACUACUCUUCUGGAAUCUUUGCUGGCCAGGUCGGCGUUGUGCGGCUGCUCAACAUGCUCAAGCGGACCAGCAUCGCCGACAAGGUCACAUGGUUUGUCCCCGGCCAUACAAUCGAGACGUUCCCCGCGUCUGUCCAGAAGGUUGUAGAGUCUGGCGCUGAGAUUGGCCUUCACGGCUACUCCCACGAGGGCAUCUACCAGAUGACGCCGGCCCAGGAGCGAGACGUCCUUCUCAAGUGCAUCAAGGUUGCGACAAAGCUCUGCGGUAAGAGACCUCGGGGCUAUCGUGCUCCCAUGUACACUAUUAGAGAGACCACGGUCGAGCUUCUCCGCGAGCAAGGGUUCCUUUACAACUCGUCCCUCAGCCAUCACGACUCACAACCAUACUGGACCCCGGCAGACCCGCCAAUCGAAAAGAUUGACUUUUCCAAGGACGCCUCUUCCUGGCUCAAGCCCACCCCGAUUACAGAUCCUGGGCAGUUGGACCCCCUCUCCACCAACCAGCAUCCCUUGGUCGAGAUUCCGUGCGGCUGGUACAACGAGGACAUGAUGCCUCUGCAGUAUCUCCCCCACCUCCCAAACAGCAUGGGAUACGUAUCCACCCGGGUCGUGGAGCAGAUGUGGAAGGACAAAUUUCUCUGGCUAUGGGAGAAUGCCUCGCGUAACCACCAAGGAGUAGAGGAAGACAGCGAGAGGGUCAACGAGUCGCUCGACUUUGUCUUUCCUAUUCUAAUGCAUCCCGACACCAGUGGCAUGUCCCACAUCAUUGGCAUGGCUGAGAGGAUGAUCAACUGGCUGAAGGGCUGGGGCGACGAGGUACAGUUCUGCAAGCACGAGGAUAUUGCCACGGCUUGGCUGGAUGCCAAAAGGCAGGCCGCCAACAAGUCCUGA